AUGGAGAAAGGGGAGUGUAAGAAGUUAAGUUAUGGGCCGAAAGUAAAAGAGCCUCAGGUUAUAGUAUCUCCGCCCCCCCCCCCCCCCCCCCCCCGCCCGCGGGAGCGCAGGGCGUCUUUCCUCCCCUGCGCGCAGCAGUGCUUUACGAAAAUGCUGGCUCCACGGGGAGCACCCUCCCUUUCACCGCCACCACCCCGCUCCGACAGAGACCCGAGGUCAGAGCAGCCACCUCCUUCCGUCCUCGGCCAAGUCCAGCGGCUGCUGGCCGCAGGAGGCUUUCCCCACGUUCUCGGGACCCCCCAGCACCGCCUCUGGGCGCGAUGCUCGGCUGGGUGCGUGGCUUCGUGCUGCCCACCUGCGGCAAUAAAGAAGACGGAGAGUCCAACUUGUGUUAUGAAAACCUCUUCUGGCAGCUGGACCGCUACGGGACCGGGAAGGUGGACAUUAUCCAGCGGCAGGAGGCCUCCUGCGCCUCAGCACCACGCCCAGCUCCGUAGGCAAGGUGGGGGUGCGGGGAAGGAGGGAGGCGGGGCCAGCAGAGAUGGUGCUUUGAAAACUGGAGAUACUGAAAAAGAUGUGAAGCCAGUUUUUGAUGAAUUUAAGAAGUAUAUUAAAAACCAUGGGAAAAAAUUAAAGCUGACAUUUAAAAGCCUGGACAAAAGUGAUAGCAGAAAAAUUGAACCUUUAGAUAUAGUCCAGGCUUUUAAGACACUGGGUACAAAUGUCUCUAAACUACAAGCAACAUACAUUCUUCAAAGCCUAGAUGAUGAGAGCACCAUGUCAGUGGACUGGAAUGAAUGGAUGAACUAUUUUGCAUUUAAUACUAUAGGGUAUUAUGAAGAAAUAAUCCAGUUUUGGAAACAUUCCACUGUAAUUGACAUAGGGGAGAGUUUAUCUGUUCCAGAUGAAUUCACUGAAAAUGAUGGAGUCUGUGGCCAGAGGUGGAGACAGGUGGUGGCAGGAAUGACAGCUGGUGCCAUCUCUCGAAUGAGUACAGCUCCAUUAGAGCAUCUAAUGCAGGCUCAAGCUUUACUGACAGUGACAAUAACUCUCAAGACUGGCUUUGAGACUAUGUUAAGGGAAGGAGGUGUCUAUUCCCUUUGGAAGGGAAAUUCUACGAAUGUUCUUAAAAUUGCACCUGAAACAUCAAUUAAAUACUGGUCAUAUGAAAAGUAUAAAAACUUGCUUGCUACUGAGAGGACCACUAUAGGAAUUACAGAGAGAUUUAUUUCUGGAUCUUUGGCUGGAAUCAUUGCACAGACCUUGGUCUACCCCUUGGAGGUUUUAAAGACCAGGUUGGCUUUAGAUUCGACUUCAAGAUACACAAGGAUAUCUAAUUGUGUCCAGAAGAUGUUGAAGUAUGAAGGAUACAAAACCUUUUACAAAGGUUAUGUUCCUAACAUCAUACCUUAUGCAGGUGUGGACCUAGCUGUGUUUGAGCUGUUGAAGAAUUUUUGGUUGCAGCAUCAUUCAAGAGACUCUGUAAACCCUGGGAUUGUAGUAGUACUGGCAUAUAGUACCUUGUCUGAUCCUUGUGGUCAGUUAGCCAGCUACCCUUUCACUCCAGUGAGAACUUGCAUGCAGGCUGAAGAAACAUUGGGAGGAAUUCCACCCAUGAAGAUGAUCAGUCUCAUUAAAAUAAUAAUUCUUACAGAUGGAGUGAUAGGCUUCUACAAGGGCAUCAUACCAAACAUUGUGAAGGUGCUUCCAGCAGUCUGCAUAAGCUAUGUCAUUUGUGAGAAAACAAAAACGGGGCUGGGAGUGGCUGAGGUGUGAAAUGUUGAACUGCUGUUAUUAGCAUAAGUGCUUGAAAGAAUGACAGUGUUUGAUCGAUUUUUUCCUCUUAAAAUUGUAGCAGCCUUUGUGAACAGUUCUUAUGUAUUUAUCCCUCAAGGGAGGAAUGUAUCAGCUAGCAUUUAUAACAUUUUAUCUUAAUUUCAUA